AUGGAGGGGUCCGCCUACCCGGGGGAGGAGGAAGAGGAGGAGGAGGAGCUGCUGGAGCCGCCCUACGGCCGCGUCGCCCACUCGUGCUCCUCCCUCAUCCGCCUCGAGCAGGAGGCCAAGCGCAGGAAGCGGGCGCAGCAGCAGCAGCGCCGCCUCUACACCAUCAUGCCAGGGAGGCAGAAUAGUGAUGAGGAUGUGCUGGACCUGGCUGAAUACACAAAGAAUCAACCGUGGUGGCGCAAGCUAUUUGGGCCGAGUUCAACGUCCAAUGAAGAAAAAUACAACGUGGCCACCCAGCUGGCGAUUGGAGGCGUCACGGGAUGGUGCACCGGGUUCAUCUUCCAGAAGGUUGGCAAACUAGCAGCAACAGCAGUGGGCGGGGGCUUCUUCCUGCUUCAGCUUGCAAACCACACAGGAUACAUCAAAAUCGACUGGAAGAUGGUGGAACGAGAUGUAAGCAAAGCUAAGAAGCACCUGAAGUUUUCAGGUAGCACCUCCAGCAAGCUGGCGCCAGAGAUGAAGAGCCAAUUUGAUGAGGCCGUCAGUUUUCUGAAGAGGAACGUUCUGCUGUCUGGAGGCUUCGUCGGUGGGUUCUUGCUUGGCAUGGCUUCUUAGGAGUCCUGCCCAAUCUGCCUUUCCACCUGCUGGUGCUGCGGCCAUCUCCUGCUUCGUUCCUCCACUGCCCGGUUAGCCCACUGAAGCACUCAGCCUCCUGACUUGCCCUUUUUU